CGUUGCUGCAUUUUCCUAAAAGGAAAAGCCUAAGCCCCGGAGCCGCCCAGGUCAAUUCAAUUUCUAUUUCUAGACAACCAAAACGUUAGUCUCAAUUGCCGGCGGCGUCACCUUGUAACCUCCGUACCUAACCUAAUAUUAUCGCCUGACCGAUCAACCUACUUCAACAUCUCACCUUACAACACCUACAAUCUACAAUCUACAACCUAGAAACUAGCCCUCUCAAUCGAAUUACUACGAAUACCGCGAGUCCCUUAUGAUUGUAAUAAAACGAACAUGCGUCGCAGGUAGUUUAUGGGACAUGACUUCAUAAGACCGACCUACAUUCAUCCUGCACCAUGUCGUCGGUGUCGAGGAAAGCGGUGCCCAAUCGCCGCGUAGACAGCGUGCAAAAUAGCGAUAGAAGGAGUCGCGCUGGUUCUUUGGCCAGGCAGUUGGCCGUGAGUCAUGACGAUGCCUAUACCUACGCUCUACGAGUCGCCUAUCUACAUUACAUCCUCCAACCCAAGACCAAGCGAAAGCAAUGGGUCCCCGCACCGAAGCCGCCACCUCGGACACAUACGUCGAAUAUAGGAGAUUUGGUCAAGGAAUUUGUUCCGGGAAACUCUAGUAGCGUUAAGCUUCCCCAUGGAUUUCGGGGCCACCUAGAGAAAAGAAUGGAGCGUGUUAUUAUGGGGGCUGAAAGAUUGCCUGGUUACAACGAUGCUGCUGUUAAAAAGACGUUUGCGCAAGCCUACACGGCUUUUACCGAGCAAGCUUUUCGGAAGAAUGUCGAUAAGGAGCGCAAGGUUGAGCCGCUAGUGUUGAUUUUCUAUUCGGCUUCUACCAAGGCAUGUAUGCUUGGUCAUGAGCCAGGUGACGAUUCCUGGAAGCUUCUUGUCGACAGACACGUCGCCCUCUUUGUUAGGCUUCUGACCAACAUAUUGCGGGAUCAAGGCCACGAGCGAGACAAACCAGACCUUCUAAGCAGAUUAAGCACUCUAGAAAACAAGCUCCUAACCAACGACCAGAAUCUUUAUAUCGAUACGGGUCAGAGCUCUGGUAACACGAUCGAGGUUAUAGUACCGCUUACCUACGACGUCAAGGAUAUGCCUAUGGUUCAAGUCGUCGCUAAGAUAUUUGGCCUUUCCCAUUCUGACGUCCAGACUCACAUCGAUGCUCAGCGACAAAAUUGGACGGAAGAAGCUGCUCUAAGGGAUCUCAAGGCAUACCAGCAUAGGCUCAAUUCGAAUGCGAGCGGUGCUUUAAGAAGCGAAGAUUUCAAUGUCGAUGAGGCAUAUCAAGAGUGGAAAAAAGCAGAAGCGCCUUUCCUCUCGCAAAUGAUGAUGGAGAUCUUGACAGCUCGGCCGGAGUUAGCUAGGAGAUCCACAACUGUCAGCGUCUCUUAUGAUAAAGCAUUGCCAGGAAGCCCUUCUUCGGCACAUCCAGACGAUAGAAGAGCAUCGUUCAGUCCAGAAAGAGCCUCCAUGUAUGGCAUCGACAGCGUAAUGAACCUUGGAUCCAUGUCGUUCGAUGAUAACAGCAGCAUUAGGCCUGUGGAUGACUCCAAUUACACCAACUACACCUUCAUUCCCCCUGAACCCCGCGAGUUCUUGAAAGUUAUUGCAAAGUAUGCCGUCGAGUUUGAUGCCAUGCAUGACGACGAAGCCGAGGAAUCUAGUCUAUUUUCGAAACAGUCAAUGGAUCUUCUUACAGAACUGUGUGUGCGCUGGCGAAUUCCCCAGUUUACUCGCCUAGUCGUCUUUCUAGAAGUGGCGGCUCGUAGAUUCACAGAUACGCUGUUUACAGUGAUUGAUUUAGACAACGCCUUUGACCUGGUGAAGAUUCCACAGCCGGAAGUCAAAAAGCCACCUCACAUCUACCUCCACAGUGAGACCCUUGAAACCAUGGACCGAAGUAAAUGGACAAUCACAGAUUACAAUGUAUUUCGGCAAACCCUCCAAACAGUCAACGACGCGCUAUUGCGCGAUCUUUACGAUACUUUAAUGCAUUGCUACGAACCCAAGCCACCGUCAGCUGGACCGGCAGUGCAUGUCCUGACGAACCAUAUCUUUAGCGAUCCCGAUUUCUCUCGAAAGGAGGGAGAUGCGCAGGAGUACACUCGUCUUCUUACGUCUGGUCUGCAGGAGCAAGCGGCUGUUGUCUAUCGCGGGUUCCUAGACUCUGAGGUCCCUCGAAGUCAACACGACUGGGAUUUUAGUCAUGUAGUCCAGCUUGGCAAGUCGGUCGUGAAACUCUGCGAGAGGAUCCAAAAGCGCUAUAAGAAAAACCCGGAGAUCAUGGGCGUCAACCCCCUCACUGUCCUUGUGGAGACAAUGUUUCCCAACUUUGAAGAUGAUGCUCACGAUCUAAUAAAGAGAAUUGUCCAAGUCGCCCAAGAUCGGGGAAUCGAGUUACCUCUUCAAGACGGAUUUGAUUUGUAUAAGGAAUUGGUAGAAAUUCGACGCAUUCAUAGAUCAUCCCUCCCUAGUCGACCGUUUACAUUUGACGUCGAAGAGUUGCUCGUAGACUUCGUCUGGCGGUGGAUCCAGAACACCGAAGCCCGAGCAGAGGAGUUCGUUGAAGGGGCUAUCAAUCAAGAUCCAUUUCAAGUACGGGGCAACGGACCGGGUCACAUAUCGUUAGAUUCUGAACGUCACAGCCAUUCGAUUAUCGAUAUGUUCCAGCUGUUCCACCAAACUACUGACCAGGUCUUCCAGUUGGAAUGGGACAACGAUGUUCACCACGCUCGAUUUAUGACCGCACUAUCGAAAAUUUUCGCUAACAGCAUUGCCCGAUACUGCGAAGUUGUGGAUCAACGGUUUAUAAAAGAGAUGGACACACCAAGGCCAAGUGAGAAAGAAGCAGUGGAAGCAGCUCAAACGACACAGGGCAGGUUUAUGCAAUAUGCCAAGGAUGCUUGGAAUACGAAGGACAAGAUUGAACCAUUCCAAUUUUAUCCUGAGUCCUUAGUAAAACUCAACAAUGUCGAAUGGGCGAUGCAAGAGCUUGAUAAGCUCGAGAGGACCAUGAAUGUGGAUGCUUGUGCCGACAUCCUCGAAAGGGUUGAUGGGCCUAAGAGACAAAUCAAGCGGCCGGCCAAGUAUGUCUUUACUAUUAAGAUCGUUGAAGCCGAGGAAAUCAAGGCAUGUGAUCCGAAUGGAACAAGUGAUCCGUAUGUGGUACUUGUGGACGAAUACCAAAAGCGGCUACACAAGACACGAAUUGUUAUGAGAACCCUUAGCCCUCGGUGGGAUGAAUCUGUAGAUGUUACAGUCUCAGGACCUCUUAACAUCGUCGCCACGAUCUGGGACUAUGACACUUUCGGCGACCACGACUUCGUCGGUAGAACUUCUCUGAAGCUAGACCCAAUACAUUUCAGCGACUACCUCCCAAGGGAAUUCUGGCUUGAACUAGAUACCCAAGGAAGGAUCCUGUUAAGAGUGAGUAUGGAAGGAGAGCGGGAUGAUAUACAGUUUUACUUUGGUAAAGCGUUCCGGCAUCUCAAGAGAACAGAGCGUGACAUGGUCCGGAAAAUCACAGACAAGCUUUCGCGCCACAUCAACGCGUCGCUCUCCUAUGAGGCCUUACGAUCCCUCCUUGGACGGAAUAUGACUUCACAGGUUACCUCAUUCUUUAAACGACAAUCCACAAUUCCACAGAUCACCGAUACCGAAAUCGAAAAUGCAUUGCAAUCACUUUUCACGUACUUCGACGAAAACUUCGCCGUCAUGAAAGAGACGUUAACAGAUGCAACUAUGGUUGCGGUUAUGACACGUCUAUGGAAGGAAGUGCUUAUGGCCAUAGAAACACUCCUCGUGCCGCCUCUGUCGGAGAAGCCGUCUAAUCAACGGCCUCUCACUCAGCGCGAGCUCGAUGUCGUUUUCAAGUGGCUAGGACUCUUAUUCGAUUUCUUCAAUGCGCGAGACGAGGACGGGGAAGUCCUCGGUGUCCCCGCAGAAGUCCUAAAAUCGCCUAAGUAUCACGAGCUCGCAUCGCUCAACUUCUUCUACUUUGAUACAACCGAAAACCUAGUCCGUACAUCGGAACGCAUAGCCGCGGCAACGGCGCAGCGGCAGCAACAGCAACUCCAGGGGCACAUGAGCUCCAACCGCCUCUCCGCCCCUGCAUCAUUGGGCUCUUCACUCAAUGUCCCUCAUGCUGGCCCGGCUUUCGCUAGCAUGGGUACAAUCCGCCGGGGCAAGAGUAUCAUGAUGAGCCGCAACCUAGGCACCAUGCGCCGAGCCAAGGAAGAGAAGCGGAAGGAAGCUCAAGCCGACCCAUCCGAUGAUAUGAUCCUUCGUAUAUUGCGCAUGAGACCGGAGGCGGUUGGAUACCUCAAGGAAAGGCACCGUCAAAAGGAGCGCAUGGCUGCCGCCGCCGCCGCCGCGAUGAUUGUGAAGCAAAGUGUCACCCAAGGUUGGAACUCAGCUGGUGGCGGCUUCGGUCGAGGCGGUGUUCCGAUUCGACGCUAAAUAUGUGUUGACGGGGUCAGGCUAAAUGUUGUAUCGAGUCGAGAAAGUCGUUGUGCGAUGUUUAAAGAGCUUGGAUUUUGGGGACUUCAGAGGUGGGACAGAGUAUACCAGCGCUUUAAGGGAUUAGAGCUUACCAGCUCUAUGACAUCGCUAUUCUUACGUUUCUAGGUGCCAUUUCAAACGCGUCUCGCAGCAUUUUUAAUUCAAUGGGUGUGAACAUGAAAGGCGUUAUCAGGCAACCAGUUCAGUGGCAUUUGGCAUUCGAUAGAUACCCUCACGAAGCAAGCUUUGGAGGUUCCACGGGCGCUUGUUGUUGUUCUUUGUCUCGCGUUGUCCUUUUGAUUCGAGGGUGGCACCUUUCAACCGUUGUAUUUUUUUUUCUCUUCUUACUUUGCUUUCGUUUUCUUUUAUGGCCACGGCUGAGAAAUCUAUCUAAUGUAGCUAGCGUACCAGAAUGAAGCUAUCGAGUAAACACGAAAUGAUGACUGAUGAUGAAUAUGUACGUAUUUUGUCCUGUUAUGUACGACGAAUGGGUGC